GCUGCGCGGGGGUCCCGCGUGCGGGCAGCAUGUCGGCGCUUGGUUGGGGCCGCCGCGCGGCGGGGCUCGGCCGGGCCCUGUGGCCCGCCGGCCGCCCCCGCCUCCUGGCCGAGGAAGAGGCCUUUGGUGGCGUCAGGGGCCAUAGAAGGAGCUCCUCUGCCAGCCCUUGUGAACAGGACCGCCGGAAGGACUGGGGCCAUGCGGAGCUGCUGGAGGUGCUCCAGGCCAGGGUGCGGCAGCUGCAGGCUGAGGGCGUGUCCGAGGUGACUGUGAAGAGGGUGGAUGUGGCUCUGGCCCCGGAGGCCAGCAGCGCCCAGUCCCCUGGGAAGGCCUGGGCCAGGGCAGAGGGGGCUGCCCCCAAGCUCAGUGGCCGCUGGGCGCAGAAGCUGGACAAGGAGCAGCGGCUGAUGCAGAAGCGGAAGCAGCGGCUGGAGGGGAGGCUGCAGAAGCGUGAGCGGACGCUGGCCUGGCAGAGGCAGCUGCGUGUGGAGCCCCGGCUGCUGAGUGGGAGGCUGGCCAACCAGCUGCAGCGCUGGGAGCAGGGGGCAGCCCGGAGCCCCUGGGAGGAGCAGCUGGCCCAGCUGCUGCAGGAGGCCCCGCAGAGGCUGAGCGGCGACGCGGCCAAGGCCUCGGCGGUCAGGGGCUCCGACGUGCGGCUGGAGGGCCAGCGGCAAAGGCUCCUGUCCUUCUUCGAGUGCUGCCUGCUGACGGGCCACCUGCCCCUCGCCCACCAUGUGCUGGUCACCCACCACAGCCGGUCCCGGCAGCAGCGGCUGCUCACGCUUGCCAUGUACAACAUGGUCAUGCGCGGCUGGGCUCGCGAGGGCUCCUUCAAAGAGCUGGUUUAUGUGUUCUUCAUGGUAAAAGAUGCUGGCCUCGCCCCGGACCUGCUGUCCUACGCGGCCGCCCUGCAGUGCAUGGGGCGUCUGGACCAGGAUGCCAGCACCAUCCGCAGGUGUCUGAAGCAGAUGGCCCAGGACGGGCUGCAGCUGCAGGGGCUCUUCACAGCCGUGCCGCUGGGUGAGGGGGAGCGGGCCGAGCUCUUGCGGGCCGUGCGCAAGGCUGAGCCCACCUUCAGACCCCCGCCGCCGCCGCCGCCGCCUGCACCCCAGCUCAACACCUCGCCGCUGCUUAGGGAGGUCUACGCUAAGCAGGGCUGCCCUGUGUCCUACCCGAGGCUGCACCUGCCCCUAAAGAAGCUGCAGGACCUCUUCCAGCAGCAGCUCCGUGUGGAGUUGGCCACCACUGUCACCGUGCAAUCCGUGGAGAAGGCCCAGCCGCCUACCGAGGAGGUCCUGCAUGCGCGGAAGACCUUAGCAGAUCUGCGCGCCACGUGGGAGACAGCGCUGUACCAGGAGCUACAGGAGACCAAGGCCAGCGAGGCCCGUGCUGCCCGUGAAGGCCGCCCCUCGCUCUUCCCAUACCUGUGCCUGCUGAGCGAGAGGGAGUUCGUGGGGCUGUUGCUGCAGACCCUGCAGGCGCUGCCUGCGCAGGGAGAGUCGCUUCUCUUCCUGGCUCAUGAGCUGGGUCUGCGCGUCUUCAACCGGCACAUCGUGCAGAGGAAGCAGCUCAGCAAGCAGGUGCAGGUGCUGGAGCAGCACUACAUCAAGUACCUGCACCUGCUGGCCUCUGACACUCAGGUGGCAGAACGCUGCCUGCCACGGCAGUGGUGGGAGGCGCUGGGGAUGCCUGAGGCCCCGCAUGAGCAGCCCUGGCCCGUGUCUGUGCUGGUGCAGCUGGGCAAGCAGCUGGCAGAGGUGCUGGUGCAGGCGGUGCAGAUGCCCGGCAGCCUGGCGGCGCCCCGGGGCCCUGGCUCACUCAUCCCGGUGCUCUACCACGUGUACUCGUUCCGCAGCUUCCGCCAGAUCGGGAUCCUGAAGCCGCACCCAGCCUUCACGCAGCUGCUGGAGGCCGCGGCAGAGCGCACGCUGACCUUUGAGUCGACCGAGGUGCCCAUGCUGUGCCCCCCGCUGCCCUGGACGUCGCCCCACUCGGGCGCCUUCCUUCUGAGCCCCACCAAGAUGAUGCGCUCGGUGGAGGGCACCCAGCAGCACCAGCUCCUGCUGGAGCGCUGUCCCCCUGCCCAGCUGCAUGGUGCCCUGGACGCCCUGACCCAGCUGGGCAACUGCGCCUGGCGCGUCAAUGGGCGCGUGCUGGACCUGGUGCUGGAGCUCUUCACCGACAAGGGCUGCCCACGCCUGGGCGUGCCCGCCCCGCCCUCUGAGGCCCCCCGGCCUCCCCAGGGCCGCCAGACCCCCAAGAGUGGCCUGCUGCCCGACCUCUCGCCGGCAGACAAGGCGGAGAUGCGGCGAGAGCUGGCCCGCCGCCUGAAGGUGGCACGGGAGAUGCAGAGCCUGCGCGCUGACGCGCUCUGCCGCCUCUCGCUGGCUCAGCACCUGCGGCACCGUGUCUUUUGGCUGCCACACAACAUGGACUUCCGCGGCCGGACCUACCCCUGCCCACCGCACUUCAACCACCUGGGCAGCGACCUGGCCCGUGCCCUGCUGGAGUUUGCCCAGGGCCGCCCUCUUGGCCCUCAUGGCCUCGACUGGCUCAAGAUCCACCUGGUCAACCUCACCGGCCUGAAGAAGCGGGAGUCGCUGCAGGCGCGCCGGGAUUUUGCAGACCAGCUGAUGGAGGACAUCCUGGACUCAGCUGACCAGCCCAUGACGGGCCGGAGGUGGUGGAUGGAGGCGGACGAGCCCUGGCAAGCUCUGGCCUGCUGCAUGGAGAUCGCUCGGGCCACACGUGCCCCCGACCCUGCCGCCUACAUCUCCCACUUCCCUGUUCACCAGGAUGGUUCCUGUAAUGGCCUGCAACACUACGCCGCCCUGGGCCGGGACAGCGUUGGGGCCGCCUCCGUCAACCUGCUGCCCUCGGACCUGCCGCAGGACGUGUACAGCGGAGUGGCUGCACAGGUGGAGGUGUUCCGCAGGCAGGAUGCUGAGCAGGGUGUGCGCGUGGCCCAGGUGCUGGAGGGCUUCAUCAGCCGCAAGGUGGUCAAGCAGACGGUGAUGACUGUGGUGUACGGGGUCACCCGCUACGGGGGCCGCCUGCAGAUCGAGAAGCGCCUCCGGGAGCUCCACGACUUCCCCCAGGAGUUCCUGUGGGAGGCUUCGCACUACCUGGUGCGCCAGGUGUUCAACAGCCUCCAGGAGAUGUUCUCAGGCACCCGGUCCAUCCAGCGCUGGCUGACCGAAAGUGCCCGGCUCAUCUCCCACACGGGUUCAGCUGUGGAGUGGGUCACUCCCCUUGGCAUUCCGGUCAUCCAGCCCUACCACCGCGACUCCAAGGUCAUGAUCAAAGGUGGCAUCCAGAGCCUUACCUUCAGCAGCAGUGGGGACACCAGCCAGAAGCCCAACACGCUGAAGCAGAAGAACGGCUUCCCCCCCAACUUCAUCCACUCGCUGGACUCCUCACACAUGAUGCUCACGGCCCUGCACUGCUACAGGAAGGGCCUGACCUUCGUCUCAGUCCACGACUGCUUCUGGACCCACGCGGCUGAUGUCGCGGUCAUGAACCAGGUGUGCAGGGAGCAGUUCGUCCGCCUGCACAGCCAGCCCAUCCUCCAUGACCUGUCCAGGUUCCUGGUGAAACGGUUCUGCUCUGACUCCAGGGUCUCCAAGAGCGUCUGGGUCUCCCGGCUGCUGGACACGCUGCUGUCGGUGCCCAAGACAGGGGCCUUCGACCUGGAGCAGGUGAAGCGCUCCACGUACUUCUUCAGCUGACGCAGGACACCUCAGUCCCCAGGGCCCAGCGGCUCGCAGGCCACCUGUACCAUAGUGUAAAUAAAGCUCCAUCUGCCA